AUGGCUGAGAUGGCCAGAAGCUCUAGGGAGCAUGGCUGUUUGAUUGAGCAGUUUACGCGGAUAAAGCCCCCAUCCUUUGCUGGAGAAGAUGACUCGAUUGUAGCUGAGAAUUGGGUCCAUGACAUCGAAGAGACGUUGGUUGUGCUUCCUUGUUCAAAUGAACAGAAGUUGGUAUCAGCUGUACAGGCAAGUAGACUACUCCGGGACGGAAGUCAGGGAUUCGUGACUUUUAUAAAGGAAGUGUUAGAAAAUGAAUCGAAGUUUGGCAGUACACCAGUUGUGCGAGAUUUUCCAGAUGUAUUUCUAGAGGAGCUACCAGGUUUGCCUCUAGAACGCGAGGGGGACUUUUCUAUAGAUUUGCCUCCAGAUAUAGUGCCAAUCUCUAAGGAAGGAAGUGAUGAUGAAGAAGAGGAAGAUAAGGAAGAAGGGAAAGGUUCUGAAGAUGAAGAGCAAGAUGAAGAAGAGAAAGAUGAAGAAGAUGACGAAGACGAUGAUAAUGCAAAUAGUUAG